AUGUCAUUCGUCGACACGCUUCUGCGCCUCGUGGGUGCCGGCGCCAUCAUAUUGUUCCUCCUCUUGGUGUGCUUCGCGAUAUGGAGCCCCCCGCCUGCCGAUACAGCCGGAAAGCAUCAGGGCAUCCCCGUCCCAACCCCGAAGGCGGCACAGAUCGUCGAGGAGGUUCGGGCUCUAGAAGCCGCACUGGAGCGCAAUAAAACGGCAUACAGGAGGCUUUGGGAAGACGUGCGCACUCUGCAACAAGACUGGGAGAUACGUGAUGAACGCCUCAACCGGACUUCCACGGAGCUCGAGCUCAUCCGGGACGAACUUGAUCGCGCCCUUAAGACUACCAACGACGCGUACGAGGAACGCAGAGCUGCCGUGGACAAAUGUUCGGAUGCCUGCAUAAAGAUGAAGGAGGAGGUCCUGGAGCUGCUGAAGACGAGCGACGCGGCGCUUGAGAGCGUGGUGUCGCGCAACACGGAGCUCGAGAAGAGGUGUGAGGAACUCGAGGCAUACCACAGCAAGGGAGAGGAGCUGCGCCAGGAGAUGGAGAGGGAGAAGAACGAGCUUCUACGGAAGAUCGAGCUCGACAGGGAUGAGCUUGAGAAGGCCGUACGUGCUCAGGCUCGGGCGGAGUUGAAGGGCGUGCUGGAUGCCUUCCUCAUCGCAGGAUCCGCUGCCGCUCCGUCAGCCCCUGGUACUAGCCAGAAGUCCACGGUUGGAGGUCACUCGGAGGCAUCCUCGCAGGCAGCGGCGCCUGCGGCUGCUUGA